AUGGGCCCUAAAGCUUCGGUGUUUGUCCCGCUUUACGUUUAUCCUGCUCAGGGGGCAUGGGAUCCGUUGGAAAAAGUGAUCUCUACUCACCGGGAUGUCAACUUUACGGUGGUGAUCAAUCCCGGUAGUGGCCCAGGGCCCAACGCCUUGCCCGAUGCCAACUACACGCGGGAGGUUCCCAAGCUGGCAGCUUACAGCAAUGUCCGACUACUAGGAUAUGUUGCUACCACAUAUGCCCAGCGGAAUCUGUCGUUGGUGCGGCGGGACAUUGAAACGUAUGCAGCAUGGCCGACCAACAGUUCGAACCCCAACCUAGCGGUUCGGGGCAUAUUUUUCGACGAAACCCCCCAGCAAUACGACAAUGGUACCUUGGCAUAUCUGGAGGAAUUGACGACGGUGGUGAAAACGACUCCGGGUCUAGGUCCGGACCAUUUUGUUGUCCAUAAUCCCGGCGCGAUUCCUGAUGCCCGCUACUUGCCGACGGCUGAUUCGACGGUGGUGUUCGAGGCCACCUACCAGACGUUCCUGGAGCGUGACGGAGCUAAACUGUUUGAGGACAUCCCGAACAGUACUCGCAGUCAGCUGUGUGCAGUGGUCCACUCGGUGCCGGAUACUGUGGAAGGCCACCAUUUCCGGGACUUGGUCAAGCAGGUGCGUCGAGUGGCGGAUGAGAUCUUUAUCACUCAUUUGGAUACGGAUUAUUAUGCGAGUUUUGGGGGACAAUGGGAGGAAUUUGUUGAAUUGAUGGCGAAAUGA